AUCUGUGAUUUUUUUUCUACUCAACUACUUUCACUAUUACUUUCACUUUCACUAUUAGCAUUCUCAACGCUGUAAACAGACUUGUAUAAUUAUGAUGGAUUUUGGGCUACAAAACGCUUAUUUGUUUUCCCCUUAUAAUAUCUGAGCAAAGGAAUAUUUGACUUGAUUUAAGAUGGCACAGGCAUCUAUUAUUGAUGAGGUGAUAGCAGAAGCAAGAACUCAAGGCUCUAAUCUGUGUGAGUUUUUUGAAUCCCAUCUUCCACAACUGCGCAGGAUUAGAGUAAAGGAUAUACCAUUAAGAGUUCUAUAUAAUAUUGCAUUAAUUAUCCACAGUACCCAGUCACAUGAAAAUGAUUGGAUGGCAUUUCUUAAUGAACUUGGAAUAGUUGAAAAUCGAGCAAUAAUUUAUAUAAAAUUAAAGUCCAAGUUGAAAGAAGAAUUGCCAAUAUAUUUAGCUCUAACAGGACCUCUUUUUGAAAGACUUACAUUUGGUAAAGUAGUUGAAGCUAUUAUGAAAAACAAAAGAUUGGAUGCUUUGCGUGAAAUAAAAGAAGAAUAUGUUCAAAGUUUGUUAGAAAGUCCUCAAAGCGAUUCGUAUGUUGCAAGAAGACCUACUGCUCCGGAAGCUGACAUAUUAGAGGAAGGGGUGUCUAAAGAUUACUCAUCCCAAACAUUUUAUGAAAAAUAUCAAAAAAGCCACUUCAACAUGGAUGACAAAGAAAAUGGUCAAAAAUUUUUUUGUGAUCCUGUAUUAAUGGAAACAGAAACUAUUACUGUUUUAAUACUGCACGCUGAUGCUGAUAUUGAUGUCGCAGAAAGGUUGCUUACAUUGUUGAGAAAUGGUGGCUUUGUUGCUAAAACACUGUCACACUUCGAUCAUUUACUGAUGAUGAAUUCAUUUGACGUUUUUCCUGCAUUAAUUUCUGCCGUUGAUUUCAUUGUCCCAAUUGUUUCAGAGUCAUUUUUGGGUCAAAUUCAUUCUGGAAACACUGCGCUAUUGAAUGUAUUUGAUAAUGUUGAACCUUCUGAAAUAGAUGAUGUUAACUAUUUUUCCCAUAAUUCAAAUAAUCGCUACAUAUAUCAACUAAUUUUAAAUCAAUAUGUACGUAACAGGUGCCUGAAUUUCAAUGUACGGCCAGUCAUGAUACCUCAUUUUAAUAGGAACCUUCUUACAUAUGAAAGUUUGCUUAAACAGUCUUAUAGGUUGUGGGAAAGUGUGCCAGAUUUCAUUGUAAUGUUAAAUAGAACAAAACAGUUAUUAAAUGGAAUGGCUGCUAGAAGAAGGAAUCAAUUUUAAAUUGAUCAUUUUGUAUCAAUGAGAUACAUUCUCGUUUAUUGUUUUAUUGUUGACUAUAUAAAUUUAUCUUAAUCUUAUUAAGCUUUGGAGAAAAAUGCCAGAUUUCCAUAGAAUUGAAGAUUUUUAAAAUAGAUUAUUUUUCAAAAUAAUUCAAAAAACUUAUUUCUUCAAUUUUCUCAUUUGACUUAAAAUCAUAACUUUUGACUUCUCAUAACUUUGUUUAAAAAAACUGAGCAUGUUACCAUUAGUUUUUUCUUAAUUUUUAUGGUCAUGGUAUUGGUUUUUCCUUAAUUUGAAAUUGUUGAAAAGCUCAAAAGCUUUUUUAUUUAUUUUUUUGUUUGUUUAAAAAUGACUGUAUAUUUUAAUUUUUUUGCAGUUUUCUUAAUUUUAAUUUCAUAAUUCUUAAGGUCCCUUAAUUUUUAAAACAUAUCAUUUUUAAUUUUUUGAUAUUUUUUUCCAAAAGUUUUUACAACUGUUAUCAUAAAAUGUGAUUGUUUAAAUUGUUAUAGACAAAAAUUAACUUUCUGUUGGAACUAACCACCAAGGAAAACAUCUAUGAUGCAAUAUGCUUGAAACUUACUUGGUGUCAACCAAAAUAUCUUAAAUGGCAUGUUAAUAAAACUGUUUGACAAAUGGGAGUAUAAUUAAUUGAAUAUCAAUUUUAUAUUAAAUGAAACGAAUGAUCGUAGCUCAAAUUAUUUUUCUAUUCUCUGUAGGAAGUCAAAUCUUUUCUGAAAUGGUUUACAAUUUAUGCUUGUCCUAUUAUAUCACUAUUAAUAAUUCUACUAUUAUAGAAAUGUCCAAGACAGAGGCUGAAUUAUAUCACCUCAAUAACAUGUAUAAUUCAAUAAAUUGUCGUAAUUUUGUAAUUUUAAAAGAUUGUGGAAAAAUGGUCAGCAUUUCGCUUAGUCCUCCCUUACAUCCCAGUCUAACUGGUAGGCAUCAAUCCAAAGCUGUUUUAUCCAUGUAAGCCUUUAGUUUUUUUCACAGGUGGAAUGGCAUCUAGUAUAGUUUUGAAUUUAAUUUUACGUAUUAUCUGAAUACAUAAAAUGCGUAUGUAUUAGCAGAAAAUGAAUAAAAUAAGCCAAUUUGUGGUUUGCUGCAAAAUCAAAUCUGAAAAGCUGUACUGCAUUGUCGUUCAGUAAUUUCCAGUAAACUAUAGGAAUACUUCAAGACAGAAUGCAUGAUUCAUAUCCAUAUAAAUUUUACAUUCAAAAAGUAUGUUUCUUAUUUUCCUUAACAUCACUUUGAAAUAUAAAAAAAUGCGUAAUGUGAUGGUUUCUUAUCGUAUUCUUUCUGUUAAAAAUUUUAAUUUCUAUGGCUGGUGUGUUGUUUAUUUUAAGAAUAAUUCCUGCGGUUAGGAUACAAUGUUUGAAAUUUUCAGACUUGAAGAAAUAUUUGACUCUGUAAAUGUGUAUAA